AAGGUAGGUUUGCUUGUUUGUUGCAUGAUGAUAGCUUUUGUGUCAGCUUCUUGGUUUGUAUUAGUUUGCAGGUACUUCCGUCAACAUGAUGUGCUGGACUCUGUUGUUUGGUGCCAACAUGGCACUGACGCUGGCAGUAACGGCGCCACCCAAGAUCAUCAAGCAAGGACCAGAGGACAUCUUCUACAAAGUGGGCGAGACGGUCAAGAUGGAGUGUGUGGCCAGUGGCCAGCCUACACCUGCGUACACCUGGAAGAGAGCGGAGAAAGAUUUCUCCCCUGAGGGUAACGACGAGCGAGUGGUAAAGCAGAAGGGGGUGGGCACCUUAAUCAUCAACAGCCCUGAGGACAAAGACGAGGGCAUCUACCAGUGUUUCGCCACCAACGACUUCGGCGUCGCCGCCACCAUCAAGUUCAACCUCCGUAUGGCCAGACUGGACGAGUUCAGGAACCAGCAGCCCACCACCCACCGCCCCUACCUAGGGGCGCACUACAACCUGACCUGCUCCUCCCCCCACAGCGUCCCAGACGGCCAUGUCACGUGGGGCGUCCUUGACAACGGCCUCUUUAACCCCGUCUUGUGGGAUGAUCGGCUAACUAUCGACUAUGACGACAACCUGCACUUCACUCACGUGACCAGCGCUGACGCCAGGGGCGGACAACCCUACCAUUGCAUGGUCAGCAACCCGAUCAUGAGAAAAAGUGUCCUCGGCCCCCCACAGUACAUCGUCCCUCAGGGUUCUGACGAAAUGCUGACUGACAUGAGAAUCGCCUGGCCCAUGUCACGCUUCGAUGAACUUGGACUUCUCAACACUGACGUCAAGAUGAAAUGUAUUUUCUCGGGAAACCCCACGCCGUCCAUCCGGUGGAGAAGGAAAGACAACGCCCCGUUCAGUUCACGUGUUGUCCAGGGCAACAGCCGGGGUCAGGAGCUGUUCAUCAGGGACCUGCAGCUGGAGGACGCGGGGGUCUACACGUGUGUGGGCACCAAGGAGCAUCACUCGACUGGCCUCGAACUUUCCAUCAGCCUCAGCGUGCACGCCCGCCCCUCCUGGAAGGCAAAGCCCCAAGACGUCGUGAUAGGUGAGGGUGGAACUGCCAACUUUGAGUGUCUGGCCUCAGGGGUGCCCAAGGUCAAGGUCUCUUGGUUCGUCAAUGGUGUGCCGUUACAAGAUGCCCUAAGAGAUGACCCCCGGCUUGACCAACGUUUCCGUCACGUGACCGGAUCCAAAAUAAUGUUUGAGCAGGUGACGAAGAAUGACGUCAUGGUGUUUCAAUGUAACGUCACAAACAAUCAUGGGUACAUAUGGGGAGAGGCUUCACUUAACGUUCUUUCUGAGGCCCCGACCAUCGUCCAGCACCCCCAAUCUGUCCGCGUGGCCGAGGGUCAGCCCUUCGAGAUGGUGUGUCAGAUCACAGGCAAGCCCGACCCCAUCAUCACGUGGUACAAAGAUGACUUUCAGAUCACAGGGGGUCGUUACGUCAUCAAAUCUUCCGGCAGUCUCUACGUGCCGGUGGCCGUCUUGUCUGACGCUGGUGAGUACACGUGUCACGCGCAGAACGUGAAGGGUGAGGAGAGGAGCACGGGCAGCGUCAUCGUCCGCAGGAAAACGCUCAUUGAGGUCAAGCCGCUGGACAUUGAGGUACAGCGCGGGGUCAAGGCCAAGUUCUCUUGUUCCGGUACCACGGAUCCCGAGGAGAUUUCCGGUAUGCGGACCUUGUGGAUGAAGGACCGGAAGCCGGUUGAUCUUGGAACCAGAAUGUUCCUCAAUCCACAGGACAAUUCCUUGACCAUCAGUGGCACUGAGCAGCGUGACACGGGUACCUACACAUGUGUCGUCACUAACGGUCUGGACAACGACACGGCAUCAGCCAGACUGGUGGUCACAGACUUCCCCUUCCCACCCACACAGGUGAGCAUCAACAACACGUGCAUCGCUGGACAGGAGGCGCGCAUCACCUGGAUCGCUGGCACCUUUAACAACGCUCCCAUACAGUACUUCACAGUCGAGUACACGACUAGCACAGAGCCGAACCGCUGGGUGUUCGCCACACAGGUCACGUAUGUGGAGGCCACGGCCAACGUCACACUCUCUGCUGGCGUGUCAUACAAGUUCAGGGUGACGGCCUACAACAAGGUCGGUGCCAGCCCGCCCAGCCAACCCUCAGACAAAGAUUGCACAACCACACCCAACGUACCAACCCAAAACCCCAGGAACUUGAGAACAAUCGGUGACAUCCCGGGUUACCUGCACAUCAUGUGGACGCCUGUGCCACCAGAGCAUCACGGCGACAAGAACCUGGUCUACCGUCUGACGAUCCUCAGGGCCGGGGACCCCAGCAGCAGCGCCUUCACCCAGAUCAUACAGGACUGGCAGGUGUACGAGUUCAUCUACGCUAGCACGGGCCCGCCCUACCAGCGCUACCAGAUCAGCAUCAGUGCCAGGAACCCACAGGGGGACAGUCUGGAGAAGGCCCCGACCGUGUGGGGCUAUUCGGAUGAGGGCAUGCCACAGCUGAGCCCACACAGUCUGGCGGUCCUGGAGGUCGGCCCGCAGACUGUCUUGCUCCAGUGGAACUUUGACAAGUCGCAGAUUGGCAAGACAGAUUCCAGGAUACGUGGCCAGUUCAUGGGCUUCAAGGUUCAGUUCUGGGCUGAAGGUCUACGCGGUGAGACCAUCAGAGAGGUUGAUGUCCGGCCUAAAGACCUUGACCUUGAUGGUCCUGCAGACGUGUUCAAGGCCAGCGUGACUCACAUGAUGCCCAACACGCCCGUGGAGGCGCGGAUCUCCGUGCUCAACAACUACUUCGUCAGUGCUCCCUCAGACACGCUCAAGUUUAGAACCCCGCCUGGCCUGCCCGGCCCCGUGCAGUACAUGGAGGAGAUGAACCUGGCCGACAACCACAUCAACCUGGUCUGGCGCCCGCCGCUGGACAACCGAGGCGACCUGACGGGCUACGACAUCGGCUAUCAGGAGGUGAUUGACGGGCUGAGGCUGGGCGAGCUCCAGGAUCGAAUCCCCCCCAUUGACGACCCCUACGCCACCACGGCCAUGCUGAGCGGGCUGCGGCCCAGCAGCAAGUACAGGAUCCACAUCUGGGCCCGCACAUCGGCGGGCCGCGGCGAGGGCUUUUAUAUCGAGAGGAGCACCACGGCCCCUGGAGCUCCCAGUCUGCCCAGGUUUUCCAUCGCGGGGGUCGGGGAGGACUACAUCAACGUCACGUGGUGGCGGGACCCCUACAUCAGCAGUGGGAGUGUCGUCUUCGUCCAGUACAAGAAGGAGGACGGGCCAGAAUGGCUGAGCACGAGCCCGGAUGUUAGCAGAGACUGGGUCAGGCUGACCUUGCUCCAGCCUGGCAUCAGAUACGUCGUGCGCAUCGUCGUGACGUCAGGGCCGGUCACGCGGGUCUCAGAGGAAGAGGACGUGCUGACUGACGGGAUUGCCAAAGCCUACGACCUGAGCGCCAACCUGGGCUGGUUCCUGGCAAUGAUUGGCUCCCUGCUGCUGCACGUGGCCCUCGUCAUCGGCUUCUACGUCUGCUACAAGAGGGGCUUCCGGUUCCAGACGCAGGAGCAGCCGCAGACCUACUCGGGUACAGUUGCUUAUGUGACGGAGCUGGCUGGGGAGGAAAAAAGUCUGGCACCAGUUGGUCACAUUAACCAGAUCUAUGACGGACAGGAGAUGUAUGACGAUGAGGGUAGAGGUCACUAUGAUGAGCAUUCUAGGUCAUAUGGACAAGACAGUUAUGACGGCGACUCAAUGAGCUCUGACAGACGUGUAUCCUCUCAACAUGAUUAUGAAGAAUAUGAUGUCAGUCAUUAUGUACAGCCACGUGACCAGGUGGAUGAAAGAGACGAAAGCCGCAGUGAACGGGAUCGGUACUCAGAUGUCUACAAAUCAGACAACUUCGAUGACGUGGACAUAGAGGAUGAUGAGAACGAUGACGUCAAUCGUUAUGACGAUGACGUCAGAGAUGUGGUGGACAAAAGCCAAGAAUUAAGCCAGUACAGCAAGACACAGAGAGAUAGGCAUCAGGACGUCAUCACUGACAGACAUGGCACUGACAGACAUGGCAGUGACAGACAUGGCAGUGACAGACAUGGCAGUGACAGACAUGGCAGUGACAGACAUGACACUAGGCGGCCUGCUGGCAAACAUCCCCGACAACCUGGGGCCAGCGAGCACACAACACGGGGGGCAGAGGGCGUCGACUAUACGGGGACUGAUGUUUAGGGGUCAUCAGUCACAGGGAUUUAGGGGUCAUCAGUCACAGGGAUUUAGGGGUCAUCAGUCACAGGGAUUUAGGGGUCAUCAGUCACAGGGAUUUAGGGGUCAUCAGUCACAGGGAUUUAGGGGUCAUCAGUCACAGGGAUUUAGGGGUCAUCAGUCACAGGGAUUUAGGGGUCACAGGGAUUUAGGGGUCAUCAGUCACAGGGAUUUAGGGGUCAUCAGUCACAGGGAUUUAUGGGUCACAGGGAUUUAGGGGUCAUCAGCCACAGGGAUUUAGGGGUCAUCAGUCACAGGGAUUUAGGGGUCACAGGGAUUUAGGGGUCAUCAGCCACAGGGAUUUAGGGGUCAUCAGUCACAGGGAUUUAGGGGUCAUCAGUCACAGGGAUUUAGGGGUCAUCAGUCACAGGGAUUUAGGGGUCAUCAGUCACAGGGAUUUAGGGGUCAUCAGUCACAGGGAUUUAGGGGUCAUCAGUCACAGGGAUUUAGGUGUCACAUGGAUUUAGGGGUCAUCAGUCACAGGGAUUUAGGGGUCAUCAGUCACAGGGAUUUAGGGGUCAUCAGUCACAGGGAUUUAGAAGAAUGUGGUGGGGGGGGGGGGGGGCUGAGUGAUUAAGAGAAACACAAGACCAACCAAUCAGUACCAUACUGCUCUCACGCUAAUACAUAUUUUUACCACGUUUUCUUUAACUUGCUUUCUCUGUGUGUUUAUUUAUUUAUUUGUUUGUCUUUCCAAUCCAAUCUUGCGAUCGAAAUUUUUCCCACGUUUUCUUUAACUUGCUUUCUCUGUGUGUUUAUUUGUUUGUCUUUCCAAUCAAAUCUUGCGAUCGAAAUUUCUGGCACUUCCCAGUUAGCUAGCGCGCUGAAAUUUUCAGGGAAGCUUUCUUUUGGAUGACCAUUGAAUAUUCAAUUGUUAUUAUUACUAAAUUGAUCAAUGGAAACAUUUUAUUGAGCAUUUUAGACCGCUAUAUAAUCUAUAUAUAUAAUUCUCCUCUGC